AUGACAACGCUUCAGCCAACCAAUCCGAAGCCUUUUCUCAAUAAUCUUACUGGAAAACCAGUAACAUGUAAAUUAAAAUGGGGAAUGAUUUAUAAAGGUAUUUUGGUAUCAGUAGAUGGUUAUAUGAAUUUACAACUGGCAAAAACUGAAGAAUACGUUGAUGGGGCUUUUGCUCAUCAUAUUGGAGAAGUUUUAAUCAGAUGCAAUAAUGUUUUAUGGGUUGGAGCCGGUGAUGAAGCGACGAAUGAAUCCUUUCAGUGA